AUGGCCCACUCUUACACAGAUUCCACCUUCUUCGUGGAGUCAGAUGAGCAGCUCUACCCCAAGCUCACUCCCAGACAAACAGCAAAGCUGAUCGCUCGUCGAAGACAAGAGCUCAUCUCAAAUGAGCUUUCGCGGUUAGCGGCAGACGAGUACUUGGAGGAGAUUAUGGAUCACAUGCGACACAUGGAGGACGAGACGAUCCCAGACGUCAACUUCAUUGAUAUGCAACGCGAGAUUCAGUGGUUCAUGCGACCUUACCUGAUCGAUUUUCUCAUCGAGGCUCACAGCGCCUUUGGUCUACUGCCCGAGACUCUGUUCCUCACUGUCAAUCUUCUAGACCGAUACUGCGCUAAGCGUAUAGUUUACAAGCAGCAUUACCAACUCGUCGGUUGCGCGGCUCUACUCAUUGCAGCCAAGUACGGUGACAAGAAGGAUCGUGUGCCACAGAUUCACGAACUCAACAACAUGUGUUGUGGACUCUACGACGCUGGCAUGUUCUCGCAGAUGGAGAUGCACGUUCUGAACACCCUGGACUGGACCAUUGGCCACCCGACUGUCGACUUUUUCUCGCAACUCAUGGUAGCCGAGGAGCAGGACGAUCAAGAGGUGGAGCACAUGGCCGCUUAUAUGAGUGAAAUCGCCUUGUACAGCAGAGAUUUUGUCUCCACGAAGCCAUCGGUUCUCUCACGCGCGUCUCUCGCCCUCGCCCGAGCUGUUCUUGGGCGACCCGAAGUCAACGAUGGGGAGUGGGACCAGAAGAGCAACAUGACACUCAUCACUCUGUCGCACCACCUCCACACCCCGUCGCCCACGCUCGCCCGAAAAUACGCAACUGCCAACUUCUCGCGUGUAUCUCCUAAGCUGGCCGACUUCAUGGCGCAACAAGCAGCACUAGCCCGCCGCAACGCCGAGCCCCCAACCCCACCGACUGAGCCUGCGAGGCAGGUUGACGUCUGCAGCACUCCCCAGAAAGGCCACGGCUCAACAUUCGGAUUGGAAGGAUACUUGACGCCGCCUAUCACGCCCGAUGGUCACCACUAUGGCAACGCUACAUCACAAUCAGUCACAGCCGCCCGCUGCCCAUCAACGCCUACGCCGCAUCAUAACAGCUCAUCACUAUAUGUGACCGACACCCACCACUACUCAAAUUAUCCCCAAGCACACUAUGUGAACCAAUAG